AAAAUAGGAACCUCUUGCAUAUAUUACAAGAAGAGAAAUAGAGGCUGCAUUGCUAUACUCAUAUGACCAUUGACAGAACGCAGAUUUGCAUGAAGGCAACUACAAAUGAUAACCGUUCUCUUCUAUACAUGGAGAACUUGACGCUUCCCUUGUUUCAGGUUGUAGUGAUAACAGCGAAUAUGGAGUGUAACGAUUGUAUGGGAAGAGUUUCCAGAAUUGUCUCAAAAAUGACUGGGUUGACAGAGUACACAGUGGAUGUGACCAAGAAAGAAGUAACUAUUAAGGGAGAUUUCAUUGCACAAUACAAUUUCCGGGAAACAAGAUGA